AUGGCCGCCAACUCCCUGGGCGCGUGCUGCGAGCCGGGCGGCCGUGCGCUGGCCGAGUCCGGCCCCGCCGCGCCCGCGCAGGCGCCCGUCUACUGCCCGGUCUACGAGGGCCGGCUGCUGGCCACGGCGCGCCACGAGCUCGGCUCGGCGGCGCUUGGCGUCUACGGGGGCCCCUACGCCGGCGCGCAGGGCUACGGCAACUACGCCGCCUACAGCUCCGAGGCGUCGGCCUUCUACUCGCUGAACAGCUUCGACUCUAAGGAUGGGUCAGGAUCCACUCACGCGGGGCUCGCACCAGCCGCAGCCGCCUACUACCCCUACGAGCCAGCCCUGGGCCAGUACCCCUAUGACAGGUAUGGGACCAUGGACAGCGGCACGCGGCGCAAGAAUGCCACACGGGAGACCACCAGCACGCUGAAGGCCUGGCUGCAGGAGCACCGCAAAAACCCGUACCCCACCAAGGGCGAGAAGAUCAUGCUGGCCAUCAUCACCAAGAUGACCCUCACGCAGGUCUCUACCUGGUUCGCCAAUGCACGCCGGCGCCUCAAGAAGGAGAAUAAGAUGACAUGGCCACCCAGGAACAAGUGCUCUGAGGAGAAGCGAUCCUAUACAGAGGGUGAAGAGGCAGGCGAGGAGGAAGAGGAGGCCAGAGAGGAGCCGAUUAAAAGUGCCAAGAGUGAAGUGGCCGAGCCUGCAGGCAAAGAGGACAAGGAGUUAGAACUCAGCGACCUGGAUGACUUUGACCCGCUGGAGACAGAGCCCCAGGAGUGUGAGCUGAAGGCAUCCUUCUCAGCCCUGGACAGCGGCACCCUGGAGCGUGUCCCCGCCCAGCCAGAGGGCCCCGCCCCUCUCCCGGGAGCUCAAGGCAAGGAGGCCUCGGGCACCCUUCGGAUGUCCCUGGCUGCCUCCAGAGGGGGCACUGCUCUAGAGGAGGACUUGGAGAGGGCGCGGAUCUGCCUCCGGAGCUCAGUGGCUGGGCCAGAGCCACAGCCGGGCACAGAGGGCAGCCCUGGGGCCUGCGAGGCUAAGAUGGGCUUUGUACCUGCGGGGGCGUCAGCAAGCCUGGAGACCAAGCCGCGCAUUUGGUCACUGGCCCACACAGCUACUGCUGCCACAGCCGGUGCCCUGAACCAGACGGAGUAUCCCUCGUGCAUGCUCAAGCGCCAAGGUCCCACCGCCCCUGCAGGCGUGUCCUCGACGCCCUCUGCAUCCUCACCCACAAUCCCAGCCCCCGCGGUGGUCCUGGACAGGCACCAGGACUCCCCAGUGACCAGCCUCAGAAACUGGGUGGAUGGGGUCUUUCACGACCCCAUCCUCAGGCACAGCACUUUGAACCAGGCUUGGGCCACAGCCAAGGGUGCCCUCCUAGACCCAGGACCACUGGGACGCACCCUGGGGGCCAGCGGGAACGUGCUGACUGCGCCACUAACCCGAGCCUUCCCGCCCACUGCACCCCAGGAUACCCCAGCUGCUGGCUCCCCUAGAGAGCUUCUGGCACUGCCCAAGGUGGGCGGCAAGCCCUUCUGCACCUGAGCCGUGGGUCGAGCAGGGAGGGCAGGGCUCUCUCCUGAGAGUCCAAAGGAAGGCGAGGCCCAGGGAGAGAGAGAGAGGAGCCAGGCUUUGGCGCAGAGCCCUACCUUCCUCCCACUCGCUCCCUGGCCCCACCUGGUCCCGAGUCUGCUUUCCCGAGCCUUCCCGAACUCGAACCUGCCUGAAGGCGCUCGGAGUGUGGGAGCCCCAGGCAUAAAGUUUACGUCCAAAGUUUACAUGGAGAAGGCGUUGGGCUCCAGACAUUUGCGGCGGCUGCCUGGCGUAGAGCAGCGCACAGCACACUCCCGACUCCAUCCUACCCACGGCGCUCACAACAGCACCUCCACCGACCUCACACUGCUGCACACUGUUGACCAGAAACAGUUAUGCUUUUUUUAAAUGUUAUGUGCACACCAGUAAUUGCCUGCUUCAGAGAGAGGCUGAUAUAACAAAACAAAUAAAACCUUG